AUGGCUUUGAUUCUUCGCUUAGAAAUCGUCUGGAAGUCCAUCCAUCCAUUAGAGGAAUUCAAGAAUCCUAAGAAGUUGCGAAAAAGGCGUGCAGAGAAGGCUGAACACGCGGAUCCUCCGGACAAAAAUGCGAAAGUGUUGCAAAAUGGCACAGUCACCGUACCUGUUCUUUCGGUUCCAACACAUGGAUUCCUGCAAUAUGAUUGCUGCACAAAAAAAUCAGUAAAAAUAGUCACGGACCAGAGACUUGAUGUCAGAGAUAGUACGUUUAACAUGGAGAAAUAA